CGAGAGGUGUGCCUGGCGGGAGCAACGGUCUGUGCCCGUUAGCACGUUGUCGCCGUUGUUCCUCGGAUGUAUCAGUGUUUGUAGCUUGUCAUAGACAAGGGACUGGUUCUUUCGUCAGUUUCAUGAGUCAGAGUAUUUAAGUUGUUCCAAUGAGCUGGAAUUCCCUUUGUGCUUGAACUCUUAAUUAGUGAAGUGUCUGAUUAUCGAAAGAAGUAAUUCUUUCUCUCUUUGACUUGACAUCACAUUUAUUGGGGCAUACAUAGGAAGGUGGCAACUGUGGUGAAUACUUUAUGACUUCAGCAGAUGUGAAUACAUAUUUGUGAAAACUUACACAUUUAUAAGUUGCAUAUGAUGGACAGUUACUCAUUCGGCUUCAGUAAAAGUUGAUCUUAUUUAAAAUACACUUCUUUUGUAGCUGCUGUUGAAAUUCUUGUAUGGUUAAUUGUGAUUCGAAAGAACUAUCAACUCAUGUGACAGCUGCCUGCUGUAAGUGACCUGGAUUCCAGACGCAAACCCACAGUGGAGGAUAGACUACUCGUAACGACAUGACGGGCGGUGGCGAGGGGAGUGGAGAGCCGCACUAGGGGCGACAUGACCGCGGCAUCGCGGGGCUGCAUAGUGCUGCCCCUGCUUCUGCUGUUCCUGCUUGCGCUGCCACAUCCCGCCGUGCUCCUAGCAGUCAGCCACCUCGAUCUGGAGUCACCCAACACGGUUUGUGAUGGCAAGGGGAGCUGCGAACACUUACCUGGGGCGGAGCGCUCCCGUCUUGGGGACCACCUAGUGGACUGGAAGGAUCGCAAUUGCCUUUGCGACGCGCAGUGCGCUCGCUACGGGGACUGUUGUCUCGACUCUGCACACUUCGUAGCGGCGGAACAGCGUCGCGGAGCUGCAUCCUUCACGUGCGUCGAGCUGCGUCAGUUCGGUGGAAUCUACAUGUUGACAUCAUGCCCUCCUGAAUGGAGCGACAGUGGAACGCGGCUGAGGUGUGAAGACGACACCCCCAGCUUGAGGGACCCACUGGCUACGAUGCCAGUGACAAGCCAUCGUUCAGGACUCACGUAUCGAAAUGUGCAUUGUGCCCUCUGUCACGGAGACAUUUAUCCCAAUAGCACAGAUAUAUGGAAACCAAGAAUUGAAUGCCCCAGUCUGAUGCAAAGUCUGACCCCGAACUUAACAAGUUUAGAUAUAUCUCAUGCACUUUCCUUUGAACAGGAACAGAAUUCGUGGGUGAUUCGUCUCCCCACUCAGAAGGGCACCAAAACUUACAAUUGCAAUGUGGACCCUGUCCUUCCAGAUACGUCUGAACACAUUGUGCGUCGAUGUCCAACAGCCAUUAUCCGCACAUGCGCACUCAACUGGACAAAUUCGGACGUUAGGAACAGGUGUGAAGCCUACACGGCCCUGGUGUUUUAUCAGAACGAUGGAUACAGGAAUGUACACUGCGCCAUCUGCAAUAAUGUACCGAUCCAGAACUUGGCCUGUGUUAGGGCAUCAAGUCGUGUAUCAGUCUAUGGAAAAGAAUUCAGUCCUAAAGCAUUUGCUGUUCUGUUCGAUCUUUCCGGUGAUUCAGGAAAUAUCGUUGGCAAGGAACGGCCGUGUUCUAGCAGGGAUCAGCUGUAUGACCCUUUCUUCAGGCGCUGUCGUGACGUAGUUUGUUCACAAGAAGGACAAGAUUACAUUGCCGGCCAUUGCAUGAGUGUUCUUCCUGUCGUUGACUCAGGUGAGGUUUAUCCUGCAAACAGUGGAGGAUAUCGCAACGACAGCGGUGCUCUUACCGACGACAGCAAGUCUGAUUAUUUCCUUCAGUGCCCCAAGUUUCUUCUUGAGCCCGAGGAAUACGCGGUGCUGGACGAUGGAACCGUCAGUGUGCCCGCCUACCAUCGCACUUACCCACAAAGCCAGUUUCGUAUUAGACACGACAGUCGUUUGGAGAUAUGUACAGAUGAAGGAGUCGAGUACGUGGACAAAUUCAACCCGAAUAUGAGCUACGUGACAAUGGCUGGUUUGGGCGUCUCAAUUAUAUUCCUGGUGUUACACCUGACAGCAUUUAUCCUUCUGCCUGAAUUAAGGAACCUCUCCGGCAAGAACCUGGCCUCGUUAUGCUUCUCACUUCUCGCAGCCUACACCGUGUUCAUAGUCGGCCAGUUCCUCGAGGUUGGGAGCGGGUCGUGCAGUGCAGUUGCCGUCGUUACUCAGUACUUCUUCCUGGCGUCCUUCUCCUGGAUGCUAACAAUGGCCUUCGACGUCUGGCGGACGCUGCGUCUUGCCACAUCUGAGCUGCGUGUAUCUGCUGGGAAGCAGUGGCGGAAGUUUGCUUUCUACUCCUCAUGGACCUGGAUGGCGCCAGCCGUCUUCGUAGUAGCAGCCGUCGCGACGGACUGCGCUCCUACAGGUUCAGUUCUGCAGGAUUUCCGACCCGGCUUCGGAGUGAGGAAUUGCUGGUUUAGCCACCGGUACGCUCUGCUGGUGUUCUUCGCGCUACCGCUGGCGCUGGUGAUGAUCCUCAAUAUUGCCUUCUUUUCCUCGAGUGCGCACAUGAUCUUCUCGACCACGUCUACAGCUCGCUUCACUUCCAGCAGCGGAACGCAGCGCGACUUCCGCCUGUAUAUCCGACUGGCGCUUGUCAUGGGUCUCACGUGGACCGUGGGCCUCAUUGCUGGCUACCUUAACGUCGAGGGCCUCUGGUACACGUUCAUCGCCCUCAACACUCUCCAGGGUCUCUUCAUUUUCCUUGCCUUCACCUGCACUGAGAAGGUGGUUAGGGCCUUUGCUGACACUGCCAGCAGAUGCUGGAAACGAAGACAGCGUCGCGACGGCUUGCGAGUGGAUGGCAAGCAGCACAGGCCACCUUCAUUUUCGUGGUCAGGAUUAUCUAGUUCGAGCACCAGGAAGUCUCAGUUGGGUUGUAGUAGUGAAUCGAGUAGCCAACAUAAGGAGCCACCAAGCAUGGACACACUGUAUUAAGAAGCAAAGACUGCACAGAAUAUCAUCUAGCAAACAGUGUGAUCGAACCGAACUUCAUUCUUGGUUGAAUGGUUACUACCAUUAAAUCAAAUUUUGACUGAAAUAACCAUUUGAGCUGGUAUGAGCCCUCUUAGGAGACAGAAUGUAAUUAUUAAUAGAAGCGUACAUUACACAUGAAGUGUAAUUUGUGUGCAUAGAGAUUACCAUGACUUUAUUAUGUUCCUUCAAGUAUGGUCAGGGAAUCGAGACAUUAAAAUGUGAUAAUUGGGAUUAAAAAUUCCUUAAACCCUUUUCUAGUAAUGUGUGAUUUUGAAAGUGAUCUUCUGGUUCUUCAGACUUCCAUUCACAAGGGUAGUGCUUAGACGUACAUGAACAAAGCAAAUAUAAGGUGUAGUUCUUCACUGAGUCAAAAUGCCGAUUAUCUAAGCAAAAUUUUGGAAGGUAAAACUGUGAUUAAGACUACAAUCACAUACUCUCUAUCAUAGUUAAUGCAUGAGACAACAGGUAGGCCUACAUUAAUACAGACAGCAGAUUCUUUUGUUCAAAGAUAGUGUAUUAUACAAAGUUUUCGUUUUAUUUUUGGGAUUGGGCGAAUCUUUGACCCUUGAUAUUUGGGCCGUAAGUGACCCAUUUUACCAGCACUGAAUCAUAGAUGAGAGAACCGAAGCAUAUGGUGGAAUGAAAAUUGGUAAGGGAAACCAAAGUACUCAGACGAAACCUAUCCCAGUGUCACUCUGCCCAUCACAGAUCCCACAUAAAAUGAUUUGCAAUUUAAAGCUACCACGGUCAGAAGUCAUUGACUUUAGGUAUGGCAUAGCAUACUAAGGAUUGCCUGUUCCAAUAGUCAUAUUUUGCCUGUGAAUUAAAUGUUUAAUCUGUACCAAUUCAGAAUCUCCUGAAGUCAAUUUUGGAUGUAAAACUGAAUGACAAAUUAAGAUCUAGGUUUAUAGAAAAGCAUGGAACCACAAUCUUUAUGCUUCGAAAGUUUUGAAUAGGAUUAUAUUUAUAGAACUGCAUUUCAUUGCCAGCUGCAAAACAACUGCAAUAUCUUCUACAUGUGGAAAACAACCGUGACUAAACAUGUCUGAAACUCAUAGUGAUCACCUUAUAUAGACCAUAAUGUGAACAUCAUGCCAAGCAACAUUUCAGAAUCUGUAUGUUGUGUACUAUAUUUAUAAGAUGGAAGAGGUAGCAUGAAUGUAGUUUUGCUUCUAACAGUGUGUCUGUCUGUGGGUUUAAUGUUUAUAAAUAUCGGGGCACAGAUAAGUUACUUGUAAAUUUGCGCAGAUUUCUCUUUUGUUUCAGCUGCAUAUGUUUUAAGCAAUCUUACCUAAUAAUUUUGAAGUAAUUAAUAAUAAUAUAGUGUCAUAAUUAACAAAGAUAAAGUUUUACACAGACUGUUAUUAAUCAAAUUCUCAAUAUGCCUACAGAAAUGUUAACAGUCAUUUCAGGGGAAUGCAAUUUUGUCAGUGACAAUGCAUUUUAUUCUUUGAAUAUGUAAGAUUUGUAGCUUUCAUAUCACAUAAAUGGAUAAAAAUUUUCUUAGAUGAAUGGCUGAGUCAAAGUUGAGUUAAAAUCCAGGGUUUUGUAGACUUGCUCUGUCUUUAUCAUGUUCUCAACAUUAACACUGAUGGGGACAAAGUAGAUCUCUAAAACAAUGGUUUUUAAUUCAACAAAACAAAUUGUUUGAGAGGAUUUUAGUACACUGUAUUUAAAUUCUGCCUAGAGCUUGCUAUACACUCAGAGGAGAACUUCACACCUUUUAUUCUGAUAUAAAUUCUGUAUUGUUAUGUUCAGUGGAAUGAGUAGAUGGUAGUGAAUCUGGUUAUGUAUUAACCAUUGCCUCUUGUAAAGAUUAUUGUGGAAAUCAUCUUUUGUAGAUACACUGUCAACAUAUUUUAUGUGAGGUAUGCAAGAAAGAUGAUACCAGAUAAUAUCUUAAAAGUACAGGAAUUUUCAGUUUCCAUAAUAUGACCCUGAAAACGUAUGAUUCACUGUAUGCCUGUGAAAUGAGAAUAUAUCAGUAUAAUGUUCAGUAAAAUAAUACGCACACUACUGACUUAAAUUAAUUUGUUAAUGGAAAGCAGCAAGAUACAUUGCAGAAGUCCUAAAAAAGAGAGAAAAAAGGAACUUGCUACUACAUGACAAAAAUUUCUUUGUCCAAGCUACAGCCAAGGUGCAUGUGGAUGCUGCCUUUGAUUUAAAUGUUCUUCAAACAUUGAACUUAUUAAAAUCUUAUGAUUCUCAACAUCAAUAUAAAGGGACAUGUGCCAUCAAACACAGAUUUCAAUCUGAAAUGUCCUUGUAUUUGUUUGAGGGACCAUUUAACUGAAAUGGUAGAUAUGUUAAUUGUAUGUUUAACACACUGAGUUUGGAAUAAAAUUUCUUCUGAAAUUAUUAUUUUAAAUUUAAUGAAUAUGAAGGACUGAACAUUCUAUUUAUUAUAAUUAAUAAAUAGGUUAAAUAAGUUUCUAAAAGCAUAUGGAGUUGGAAAGCACAUUGGAAUGUUCAGUACUGUGUUCAUUUAGAGUAUAGCUUAUUUUCCCGAAGUUAGAACUGAUCUUAAUGGAUUUUUAUUCUUUUUUAUUGUUGAAUUCACUGAAACUUAUUGAAUGAAGGCAACAAGCACAAAUUGAUUGCAGAUAAUUUAUGUGAAUCUAGUUCUGAAAUUUAUGUGAAAGCGCAUUUAACACAUUUGCUUUGUUUUGAUAUAUUUAUAUAAGAGAGUGACCUAGCAUACAUAAUACUUCUCCAAAUUUGGUAAUUUUAAUGUAGUACCACAAGUAAGAAAAAUGGAAAAGACUGGUGUCCAGAGAAUAUUUGCCCAUGUAGACAGUAUUUUAGUAUAGGAAGGUAGUGAUUAAUUAAAUUGUUGCUUAGUAACUUCUACUGCCAUUACAUUGUUUUGUAUGAUUUUAUGUAAAUGUUCUUUGUUUCUAUAUUUGCAGUGUUUUUAGUUUCAUAGUUACCAUUCUAUGUAAUCCUUCCUUAUAAUGUUUUAUAUAGUUACCAAACAUAACUCAGUAAUGCUCUUCACUUAUUUUGUUUUUAAAGUGAAGAAGUUGUAUUAAGGAAAAUAUAUUUACUCUUCAGUCUCUGACUUUCCUUUUCAUAAUUUUGACUUCCAAGUAUCACUGUUAUUCUUAUACAAAAACUAAAUUUCAUACAAUAAAUAUUUUAGAGGUAGAAAAUUCAUGUUUUGUAUGGACUUUAAUUUUGUUAUCAUGAUUUUCCUGAGCAUUCUAUGUUUAUAUUUUGGAAUUCAUGCAAUCAGAAAUGUUAGAUUUUAGUUUAAUCUCAUUGAGGAAAUAAAAUAACCAUUCUGUGGAAUUUAUUUACCGAAUUUUACAUAUUUUUGAAUAGUUUUUCUACAAAUUUCCAAAAUUCUCACUGAUUUUGUACAUUUUGAUGGCAUAUUGAUUGUAUAUAUAAUCUUAUUCAUCUUACAAACGUAGUGUUUUGCUUAUUAUGGAAUUAUACAUAAAAGUCUAUUGUAAAUGUGCAUCUAUAUUAAAAAUAAAUAAUUCAUGAUUUUGUUUUCUUAGUGACGAAACUUACAUUUAUGUAACCUCCUCAUUUCAUUUUCAGAUAUGCAUUAUGUCAGCAAAAAUUUCACAGUCUUGUAAAAUACGUUCUGAUACUUAUGCCACCAUACUGGCUAGUAACAAUUUUACUAGCCUGCAUAAUUUUGGACACACAAGAUUUCUCCAG